UUGGGAUGCAAAAAAAUUCAGGGAAACUUAUGUCGUUGCACUGGGUACAGACCAAUUCUAGAAGCCUUCUCAACCUUUUCCCCUGAGGCCAUGGGAAAGAAUCCUCAGAAGUUUGAUGCUACAAAUGAGGAAGUGGCAACCUAUGAUGUUUCCAAGUUUAAAGAUCUCAAACCUGAAGAUCUAAGUAUCUCCGAAAGCACAAAGAAAAUCUUGAACAACGUUGAAAAGAUGAAGUGCAUAACCUUCCAAUCUGAUGGGAAGAAAUGGUUUUAUCCAACAACAGUAGAUGAAGCCUUGAGUCUGAGUAAACAGUUCCCUAAAGCUGUGUUUCGUCAAGGCGGAACAGGUGGUUACAAAAAGUUUGAUUAUGAUGAUUCACCAAUGGAGGUUAUCUUUCUUACUUCAAUUCCAUCUCUAAAGGUCAUAACUACUAAAGCUGAUGGGGUUCUUAUCGGAGCAGGAGUAACUUAUACUGAAUUGGUGGAAGGGUUACACCACCUGGAUCCUGUAAAGCAUAAGGCAGUCAAGGUUCUCAGAGAUAAUGCUGCAAAGAUUGCAUCUGUGCAGCUAAGAAAUAUUGCUACAUUGGUCGGAGGAGUUCUCUGGGGACACCCUGGUUCUGAUAUGCUCCCUAUUCUGACAGUUGCAGAAGCUGUACUAAUAGUGGAGAAUGGAGAUGGGCAUAGACAGGUUUCUGUGGGACCUGGAGUCAAUAGAAAGUUAAAGCAUGGAGAUCUUGUAGUUGGAGUCUUUAUUCCAAAUAAUACUGUUAAUGACAUCAUUGUCUUCUGUAAACAAGCUCGUCGUAAAACAGUCGAGCUGGCAGUGGUCAACAUGGCAUUGUACACUAAUUUUACCAACAAUAUAAAAAAGACCAUCAUUGUUAUUGGUGGAAUUGACCUUGCUGUCAAGCAGUGCACUUUACAAGACUCAAGUAGAGCAUUGAACCUUGAAAAACUUUUCACUUCCAAGAAAAGUGGGUUUGCUGACAAUUCUGCUGCACUGUUGGAAGCCAUCAAGACUGAUUUGGGCUUAAAGGCUGAUCAAUACAAAAUUGGAAUCAUUGCUGAGAUGUUGAAUGAUAUAAUGGUUUCGAAGAAAACUGUUUUGAAUAAGCCAAGUGCCCACCAGCUGUUUGAAAAAGUUAACUCAUCCCAAAGCUCUGUUGAUCCAAUAACAAGACCAAUAGCCCACUUAUCAGCAGCUGAGCAGUGUACUGGUGAAGCACAGUUUACUGAUGAUAUUCCAAACUUUGUAGGUGAGUUAAAACUUGUUCCAAUCCACAGCACUAUGGCAAAUGCUAAGAUAGUCAAGCUGUGUACCAAGGAUGCAAUGUUGGUGCCAGGUGUGGUUGCAUGGAUUUCAGCAGAAGAUAUACCAGGGCUAAACAUGUAUGCCAAUGCAGGUCCUCCUGAUACACCAAUAUUACCCAAGGAAGAUGUCAAUUUUCAUGGAAUGAUUAUUGGUGCCAUUGCUGCAGAAACUAUUGAAGCUGGAAAAGAAGCUGUUAAACUUGUCAAGAUAACAUACAAAAGUAAUCCUGCACUUGUAACUAUUGCUGAAGCCGUAGAGAAAGAUAUUUGCAUUGGUGAUAAGUCCUUCAUUGAAAGAAACCAAGAUGAAACCCUCCAAAAGUCAUCAACUCACUCAUUUGAUGGAAAGAUAAAGCUUGGUGGGCAAUUUCAUAUAUAUAUGGAACCUCAGUCAGCAAUUGCAGUUCCAGGAACAGAAAAAAAUGAGCUCAUCAUUUAUGCUGCAACUCAAAAUGCUACAGGAGUCCAAUCAGCAGUAGCUAGUGCACUAAGUAUACCUAUGAAUAAGGUUAUUGUUAAAAUAAGGCGCCUUGGGGGAGCAUUUGGUGGAAAAGAGGGAUCAUUACCCUCAUUGAUAGCAGCAGUAGCUGCCAAGAAACUUAUGCGACCCUGUAGAAUGAUUUUUGAAAGAACCAGCGAUUUGAUUGCAAUGGGUCAUCGCCAUGAAGUGCAUGCAGGUUAUAAUGUAAAUUUCAAUGAUUCUGGAAAAAUUACCAGUGCCAAAAUCGAAUGUGACGUCAAUGCUGGAAGCUUCAGAGAUGUUUCUGUUGUUUGGAGUAUGUUUCUGGCUAUGAGAUUAGAUGCUGGGUAUACAAUUAAGAACUUCAAUGUUUCAGCCAACCCCAGAAAAACUGAUUUGAAAUCUAAUACAGCUUUCAGGGGAUUUGGUGGUCCAGAGGGAACUUGUGUGAUGGAGGAAUGUAUAGAGCGAAUUGCUCAUCUUACAGGCAAGGAUCCUGCAUUGGUAAGACGUGAGAAUCUGACAAGAGAAGGGGAUCUUUUGCACCAAGGUGAAGGAAUUAUUUGUGAUGACAAUCUCCUGAAAUGCUGGGAGCAGUGUCUUGACCAAAGUAACUAUUUUGAGAUGAGAAAAGAAGUUGAAAAUUUUAACAAUGAUCCUGCUAACAAGAAGAUCAAGCGAGGAAUAUCAAUCAUUCCCUGUAAGUUCACUCCGUUCAUUCCUGCUAAGUUCCGAAGCCAGGGAUCAGCUUAUGUAAGGAUCUACAUCGAUGGAUCCAUUCUUGUCUCACAUGGGGGAGUAGAGGUUGGACAAGGUUUACAUACUAAGAUGCUUCAAGUUGCAUCAACAGUUCUACAGGUUCCAAUCGAAAAGAUUCACCUAGUUGAAACUUCCACAGAAACAAAUGUCAAUGCUACAACCACAGCUGGAAGUACUGCAACAGACCUGAAUGGCCAUGCAGUGGUUUUAGCCUGUGAAGAGCUUGUUGAAAAACUGGCCCCAAUUAGAGAUGCCAAUCCCAACAUGCCUUGGGAGAAGGUUAUUUUUCUUGCUUACUUCCAAAGGAUACAGCUCUCAGCUUUUGGAUUCUACAACAGAUCACAAGUAGAUUACAAUAUAAAGGAAAACACAGGGGUGACGUUUAACUAUUUGACUAAUGGAGUUGCUUGCAGUAUUGUUGAAGUGGACUGCUCUACAGGAUACCACCAGGUUCUGAAGACGGAUAUUGUUAUGGACGUAGGACAAAGUUUAAACCCUGCUAUUGAUAUUGGGCAGAUAGAAGGAGCCUUUGUACAAGGCUAUGGCUAUGUAACAAUGGAGGAGCUAAUUCAUGGAAAAGAAGGAGAAAUUGCUACUGUAAAUGUUAGUACGUACAAAGUGCCGACAAUAUCUGACAUACCUCAGGAGUUUAAUGUCACCUUAUUGAGGAAUAGUAGGGCAAAGAAAGAAGCUGUGUUUUCUUCAAAGGGUAUUGGAGAGCCGCCUAUAAACCUCUCCAUAUCUGUAGUAACUGCAAUUAGGCAUGCAGUGGCUAGUUACAGGAAAUCUAAUUAAAUAAACCUCUCAUUAUUUCCUGUAGGCAUGCAGUGGAUAGUUACAGGAAAUCUAAUUAAUAAACCUCUAAUUAUUUACUGUAGGCAUGCAGUGGCUAGUUACAGGAAAUCUAAUUAAAUAAACCUCUAAUUAUUUCCUGUAGGCAUGCAGUGGCUAUUUACAGGAAAUGUAAUCAAAUAACCCUCUAACUAUAUCAUGCUGGCAUGCAGUAGCUAGUUAAAGGAAAUCUAAUCAAAUAAACCUCUCAUUAUUUCCUGUAGCAUUUAGUGGCUAGUUACAGGAAAUCUAAUUAAAUAAAUCUCUUAUUAUUUCCUGUAUCAUGCAGUGGCUAGUUACAGGAAAUCUAAUCAAAUAAACCUCUCAUUAUUUCCUGUAGGCAUGCAGUGGCUAGUUACAGGAAAUCUAAUUAA